AUGCCCAAACUAUCGAAAAUAGGUCUAUCUACGUCCUCGUUACGGGAUGGAACUAUUGUCGUCACAAGCCAGCAAAGCCGUUUCCAUGUAGAUGCUGUGGAUGCACCAACAUCAAAGGAUAUCGAUGUCAAAGAUCUGACGCUCUCCGUGGGAGGGCGAGACUUGUUGGACCACGCUCAUCUGCGCAUUGUGGAAGGCGUGCACUACGUUCUAGCGGGGCGGAAUGGGACUGGAAAAAGCUCGCUGUUACGAGCAUUAGCGGAACGACGAGUGCCUGGCGUCCCUCGCAAUUUGCGUUUGCUCUUGCUUGGUCAGAUACGGGUCAGCUCCGAUGUACUGGCAGAAUCCGAUGAGACCGAGAGCGACACUCUCAAAGUUCUUGAACAUGUCACAAGAAGUGACCGACGCAGAGAGCGUCUUGCCGCUGUACUAGAGGACAAAGCCCACUCCAACAAGAUUGUUACGACGGUUCGCUCGCUUCAACUUGAGCAGGCAAAACAAGAGUUGGCUGAAGCUCGGCUUAUAGCAGCGCGACGAAGUGGUGCUCGAGGACUCAAGGCCCGUCAGGUGCUCAUAGAGAGGGAGAAGGAGGUGCAGGAAGCGCAGAAACGCUAUGACGAAGCCGAGAGCGCCGAGGACGAACCAGAAGCUACGAGAAUCGGCCUCGAUAUGCUGGAAGCGACACGGUUGGCAUUGGAGGCCAUGGAUGCCGGUAGCACUGAGGCUCGUGCCCGUACGAUCCUCCUCGGUCUACGCUUCUCCGAGGAACAAAUCGAGAAACCUGUCAAGUCAUUGUCUGGGGGAUGGCAAACACGCUGUGACCUUGCAUGCGCAUUGAUACAGAAGACAGAUGUACUAAUGCUUGACGAGCCCACGAAUUUCCUUGACCUGCCCGCCAUUGUUUGGCUCGAAAGAUACAUCACGAAGUCAUUGGCCGCAACCACAGUGAUCGUUGUUACGCACGACCGCGACUUCGCUGAUGCAAUUGCUGACGAGGUACUACUCGUUCGGCUAGCUCCCGCCAAAACAUUGGAGGUUUUCAAGGGCAACUUGACAGAGUACGAAUCCGAGAAGCGUCGACAAAUUCGACGAAUGACCAAAAUGGCAGAAGCACAAGAACGGCAGACCGAACACAUGAAAGAGACCAUAGCCAAGAAUGUCAAGGCUGCCAAACGGACGGGAGAUGACAAGAAGCUGAAGCAAGCGGCGUCGCGAAGAAAGAAGCUGGAGGAACGGACAGGGCUCGAGGUUGGCCAACGUGGUGGCCGAUUCAAGCUCAACCGCGACCUUGCGGGAUGGCACAGUUCAAAUCGCGAUGGCAUCGAGAUCCCAGAGUUCGAUCCCCCGAUAACAAUCACGCUGCCGGAGCAGCCAGAACCGCUGCGCCACACCGGGCCUCUGUUUAACUUCGACAGAGUAUCAUACACCUAUCCCAAGUCGGGCGUCUGGACUUUGAAAGACAUUGAUCUGGCCAUGCACCCUGGUGAACGGGUGGGACUGGCAGGUCUGAAUGGGAGUGGAAAAUCGACUCUGGUCAAGCUCUUGAUGGGGGCAGCCACCGGUCAAGAUCCACGACCAACGAAAGGCUCGAUCACCGUGCAUUCAAAGGCCAAAUUCGCCUGCUACUCUCAACACGCAGUCGAGGAACUGGAAACAAUCGGAAGGCGAGAUCCGCAGAGGACAGCUUUGUCUCACUUGAUGAAACUCCCGGGUUGGACCGGAGAUGAGCAGGCAGCUCGAGGCACAUUGGCCAAACUAGGUCUCCGGGGGAACACCGUGACAGACAUUCCACUUGCAGCUCUAUCUGGAGGACAACGGGUGCGCGUGGCACUGGCGGAGGUGUUUUGCAACUCUCCUCAUCUGCUCGUCCUGGAUGAAGUAACGACCCAUCUGGACGCGGACACCAUUGACGCACUGAUCGAAGCCCUCAAACUAUGGUUGGGUGCUCUUCUUGUCAUCACUCACGAUCGGCAUUUUAUGCGAUGUGUGGUGGAUCGAGAGAAUCCAGUGAGGACAGAGGAGGAGGAUGAAAGCAGCGAAGAGUCGGAUUCUGAUGCAGGUACGCCCGGGAUGGUAUACCACGUGCGGAAGGCUGGGCUUCGAAAACUAGAGAGGGGAAUGCAGCAGUAUGAAGAGAUUGUGGCUAAGACGGUCGACAAGCUUGCCUCAGCGCCUCUACAAUUGCCCCAACCCGUCCUUUUCGACCCAGCACUCAACUAUACUUUCCCCCUGGAGUUGACAAACCAGACGAAUAUCCCACAAGAAAGUGAAGACCCUAUCUUCUACCCAACUCCUCUCUUUUCGGUCACAAACGGGAGUGCUAUUGUGGCCAAUGCCAUCAGCCAAGUCAAUGCCAUUCUUGCCACAAACGCAACCAAUUGCACCAAAUGUCUCUCUGCAUUGGAAGUUGGCCAAUAUGUGGCCCAGCGGGUCCCUGCCAUGGUUCCAGAUUUGCUGGUCCAGUUGUGCAUCAGCAGCGGAUUCAUGUCCAACACUAGCUGUCAUGAAAAUUACGAUGCCGAAAACUUCGGAGCUGUCUAUACCCAAGUUCUCGCCUUGGGGAACAUGUCUGGAUCGGACGGCGAGUACCUUUGCAACUUUUUGAGCGGCAGUUUCUGUCCUCGUCCGUUCACUCUUCCCUCGAAUACAACGGGGUAUUUCGGCCCCAAGCCUAGCAAUGUCACAGUACCGAAACCCAGCGGCAAGAGAGUCAAAGUCGUCCAUCUGAGCGAUUUCCAUAUCGAUCCAAGAUACGACGUCGGUUCGGAAGCAAACUGCUCGAGUGGCCUGUGUUGUCGUUCCAACAACCCCAAAAGUGCUUCCGGUCACCUGGAGAUACCCUCGCCCUUGUACGGGUCGUUCAGGUGCGACAGCCCAUACUUCCUUCUCACGUCCGCGCUGGAAUCUAUCGGACCUCUGACUGGCACGACUUUCAAUAAUCAAACUGAGAACGACCAGUUCGCCUGGGGCAUCUACACGGGCGAUCUAGUUUCUCAUGAAUCUCAGAACGAACUGUCUAAUAACUACACCCAAUACGCCGAAUUCUCGAUUUACCACAUGAUCAAAUCUUACAUCCCUAGCGGACCCAUCUUCGCCGUGCUUGGGAAUCAUGAUAGCAACCCUGAUGGCAUUGAUUCUCCGCACAGCUUGCCAGGAAAUCUGGGUCAGCAACAGUCAUGGAACUGGAAUCACGUUGCCUCGCUGUGGCAGCAAAACAACUGGAUCGACGCACAGACCGCAAACGAGGCACGCAUGCAUUAUGGCGCUUACAGUAUCAAUCAUCCAAAGUACCCAAAGUUGAGGAUCAUUACUUUUAACACGGAUUUCUGGUACCGAAGCAACCUGUUUAAUUAUAUCAAUACCACAAAUCCAGACAAUAGUGGGAUUUUCAAAUUCGUUGCGCAAGAGCUCCAAGAAGCCGAGAGCAAAGGCGAACGCGUCUGGCUUCUUGGGCAUGUCUUGUCAGGCUGGGAUGGUUCCAAUCCUCUUCCCAACCCGACAGAUCUCUUCUACCAAAUUGUUGACCGAUAUUCGCCGCACGUGAUUGCCGGUGUGUUCUUCGGCCACACCCAUGAAGACCAGUUCUUCAUCUACUACAGCAACAAUGGCACGGCUCAAAAUGCUGCCCACGCCGUCAAUGUUGGCUGGAUCGGGCCGAGUGUGACGCCUCUGACCAACCUGAACUCCGGCUAUCGCAUGUAUGAAGUUGACACGGGAGAUUUCUCCAUUUACAACGCCUACACAUACUACGCGAAUGUGAGCGCGUUCCAGACUCUCGACCCUGCCCAGACCGGCCCCGUCUGGAAGUUUGAGUACUCCGCCAGGGACACGUACCCAGUGGGAUGGCCUGAAGAUGCGCCUCUGAACGCAACAUACUGGCAGAAGGUCACCGAGGCCAUGGCUGCAAAUCAUACUUUGGUGAGCAUCCACAAUACCUUGCAGGGAAAGAUGAGCGUCAAGACCCCCAAUUGCACCAGCACCGCCUGUGCGGAAGCGAGGAUCUGUUACAUGCGAAGCGCGAACGUCGCGCUGGGCAGACAAUGCCCUCAAGGUUUCGGCUCCGUUCAGAGCCCUUUCACCGGCAAGAACUUCUAA